CGCGUUCCGCCUGAGGGGCGGCGUGGUGGGGGGCGCCACGAACUGCGUGUGGGACGGCUGCAGCAACAGCCUGUCGGAGAAGAGUUCCAGUCACAAAUGCAUAUGUGAUGCAUUUUGACAUUCACUGCUAAGAUGAAAUGCAGAAGUGAACACCACACACUCGUUCUAGUAUUCUCAGAUAUGAUUAGAUGUACUUUAUCAUGUUUUUAUGCUACUGACCUAUAAGAAAAAAAUACUAAAAAAGGGUAGCAGUUAAACACCUAAGACCUGCAACUUCAGUACGUCUGGGAUGAUCUGGAAUAUCACAAGGAGAGAUUUUAUUACAGAAUAUUCACACCUUAUCUGAGCCCUCAGCCUAGGUUCAUACACAUUUCCUUCAUUAGAAGUUGUCACCAGACACUUUACCUCCCAGGAUGGACAACAGUCUCCCAACAGAAUUUGAUGUGGUUGUAAUAGGGACGGGUUUGCCUGAAUCCAUCCUUGCAGCUGCAUGUUCCAGAAGUGGUCAGAGGGUUCUGCAUCUUGAUUCAAGAAGUUACUAUGGAGGGAACUGGGCUAGUUUCAGCUUUUCAGGAUUGCUCUCCUGGUUGAAGGAAUAUCAGCAAAACAGUGACCUUGGGGAAGAAAGUACUGCUGCAUGGCAAGACAUGAUCCAUGAAACAGAAGAAGGCAUCACUCUUCGCAAGAAGGAUGAAACCAUUCAACACACAGAAGUUUUUUGUUAUGCCAGUCAGGAUAUAGAUGACAGUAUUGAAGAGAUUGAUGAUCUGCAGAAGAAUCCUUCCUGGGUAGCAUCUAGUACCCUCAUUAAACCUCUGGAUUCUGCAUGCUUGUCUGAAGAAACGCACUCAUUAUAUGUUUCUAGCUACGAAGUGCCUGCAAAAGGCACUCCAGAAAACAAUGGAGAAGUAACUGAUACAGCAGAAACCUUGGUGAAAGAAGAAUAUUGUGGAUAUAAAACUUAUAAACACAGAGUUUCAGAUGGUGCUAAAGACGAAAUCAAACCUAUAUUGGAAGACAACAGUGAUCCACCAAAGAGAAACAGGAUUACUUACUCUCAAAUAGUUGAAGAAGGCAGGAGGUUUAAUAUUGAUUUGGUAUCAAAGCUGCUUUAUUCCCAAGGACUGUUAAUUGAUCUUUUAAUCAAAUCAAAUGUUAGUCGUUACGCAGAAUUUAAAAAUGUCACUAGGAUUCUUGCAUUUCGAGAAGGAAAAGUAGAGCAGGUGCCUUGCUCCAGAGCAGAUGUCUUUAAUAGCAAAGAGCUCACUAUGGUUGAAAAGAGGAUGCUAAUGAAAUUUCUUACAUUUUGUUUAGACUACGAACAAUAUCCUGAUGAAUACCAAGCUUUCACGCAAUGCUCAUUUUCAGAGUACUUGAAAACCAAAAAGUUAACCCCCAGCCUCCAACAUUUUGUACUACACUCAAUUGCAAUGAUGUCAGAGUCAUCUUGCACAACAAUAGAAGGCCUUAAAGCAACAAAAAACUUUCUUCAGUGUCUUGGAAGGUUUGGCAACACUCCCUUUUUAUUUCCCUUGUAUGGCCAAGGAGAAAUUCCCCAGUGUUUCUGCAGGAUGUGUGCAGUUUUUGGUGGAAUAUAUUGUCUUCGCCAUAAAGUACAAUGCCUUGUAGUUGACAAAGAAUCAGGAAGAUGUAAAGCAGUUAUAGAUCACCUUGGUCAAAGAAUAAAUGCUAAAUAUUUCAUUGUGGAGGAUAGUUACCUUUCUGAGGAAACAUGCUCAAAUGUGCAGUACGAGCAGAUCUCCAGGGCAGUGCUCAUUACGGAUCAGUCUAUACUAAAGACAGAUUCAGAUCAGCAGAUUUCCAUUUUGAUAGUACCUCCAGUGGAACCAGGAGCAUGUGCUGUUCGAGUCACUGAAUUGUGUUCUUCAACCAUGACGUGCAUGAAAGACACCUGUCUGGUACAUCUGACCUGUUCAUCUUCCAAAACAGCAAGAGAAGACUUAGAAUCAGUGGUGAAGAAAUUAUUCACCCCAUAUGCUGAAACAGAAAUAGACAAGGAAGAACUUGCAAAGCCAAGACUCUUGUGGGCUCUUUAUUUUAACAUGAGAGAUUCCUCAGGAGUCAGCAGAAGCUCAUAUAAUGGCUUACCUUCCAAUGUUUAUGUCUGCACUGGGCCUGACUGUGGACUAGGAAAUGAACACGCAGUCAAGCAAGCUGAAACACUCUUCAGGGAGAUCUUUCCAAGUGAAGAAUUCUGCCCCCCACCUCCAAAUCCAGAAGACGUUUUCUUUGAUGGUGAUGAUAAGCAACCAGAGCCUCUUGGAGCCAAUACUAUAAUAAUAGCCCAACUAGAAUCCUCUGAGGGAAGCAAAAACCUAGAAAGCUCAGAGAAGCACCUUCAAAAUUAGAAAAAAGCAAACUGGAAAUGCUACUUUGGGCCUUUAUCCAGUAUCAGAAUAUUCUCAUUUAAAGGACAGUUUCCUAAAUGAGUAAUUAGAAGUGGUUAUUU